AUGCAGAACGUGAGUGAGCUCCACGUCAACGCCACCUCCCAGAAGAGCAUGUCUGUGAUCAUAAAGGUGUGCAUCGUCAUCCCCCUGUUCUGCGUCUUCCUGUGCUGCAUCGCCGUCAUGCUGCGCGUCUUUGCGUCCCACAGGCAGUUUCUGGACACGUCCCGCUACGUCCUGUUUGCUUGCAUGCUGGUCAACGAUGCGCUGCAGGUGCUGUCGUCCGUCCUGCUCUUCCUCUUCGUCAUGGGUCGGGUGAAGUUCGCCAUGGUCUUUUGCUUCCCCCUGCUGCUGCUCUCCACCGUCACUUUCCAGAACACGCCCCUGAUCCUGGCCGCCAUGUCGCUGGAGCGCUACGUCGCCAUCCUGUACCCUCUGCAGCGGCCGGCCGCCUGGCGCUCCGACCGGAUCUGGAUCAUCAUCCUGUCCGUGUGGCUCGUCAGCUGCUCGUUCACCGUCACCGAGUUCUCCAUUGGGCAGCGGCGCCCCGCCGCUGACGUCUUCUCCACUCCCGUGGUUUGCAAGACGGUGGCGGUGAACUCGUCUCCGGUCCAGAUGCUGUUCAGAGCGGCGGUGAGCGUGCUCUUCUUCGCCGUCGUGGCCGCGGUCAUCCUCUUCACCUACGUGAGGAUCCUGCUGGAGACCAGGAAGCUGCGGCAGGACAAGGUGUCGGUGAACAGGGCCAUGCACACGGUGAUGCUGCACGCCUUCCAGCUGCUGCUCAGCAUCCUGGCCUUCACUCACCCCAUCACCGAGUCCCUCAUCGUGCUGCACGCCGACUGGCAGCCCGAAGACAUCGCCUUCUUCAACUACUUCAGCUUCAUCCUCAUCCCGCGCUUCCUCAGCCCGCUCAUCUACGGCUUCAGGGACCAGAGUCUCCGGGGCUACGUCGGCAAGACCUUCCUCUGCUGCUCCGGCAGAGUCCAGCCGAGCGUUCGGCUCAAACUGCAGGACGGGCCGUCGGCUUCCUGA